AUGGCACAAACAAAAAAAUCUGUUAGUGAAUUUAUUCAAGAUGCAUUUUGUCCAAUGAUUGCUGUUUUAUGUAGUUAUGAUGCUGAAACAAUUUGUCGAAAAAAUAAUUUAACAUUUGCUGAAUUAAUUCAACCAUUUUGUCGUCUUCCUUCAGAAGUUGCCUAUCGUGAUCCAUCAAAUAAUUUAAUAAUAUUAAAAAAUUUACGUCUUGAAAUAAAAGAUUAUAAUUCAUUACCUCCACAAAAUACAUUAGCAAAAAAAUUAUUAAAUGAUGCUGUAUUUAAUGUAUUAACAAAUGGAUCAAUAAAUAAUGAACAUGAAAUUGAUACAGAACAAUAUCAAUUACAAAUAAAAAAUACAACACCAUGGUUUGAUUCAUGGCGUGAUUGUUUUUUACGUAUAGCAUAUAAUGGUGAUCAUGAAUUUCUUAAAAAUUAUCUUGCUUGUAUUAUGGUUGUAUCAACAUCACAUCUUGAUCCACUUGAUGCAUUUGCUAAACUUGUUCAACAACAAAUUCAACAACAACAACAAAUACCAGCAAAAUUACCUAAAUGGUUUAUGACAAAUAUAUAUAAAUAUUUUGUUUUAUUACAUGAUGUUACUGAAGGAGAAGAAUCUAAAGCUAUAUCUGUAUUUGGUGAUCUUAAACAACAAUAUGGAGCUGGUAAUUGUCAUUUAUUACAAAUAAAUUCUAAACGUCCUGGUCAAACAAAUAAUGAUAUAAAUGAAGGACCAAAUAUGCCAGAUCCAUGGCGUAUUUAUGUUAAACAAUCAUCAUUAUCUAUUCAACAACAAUCAAAAAAAGAUAAUUCAUUAAGUGAUUCUUUAUCAAAUUUAACUGAACUUAUUGAUCAAGAACUUAAUCUUAAUACAUCAAUUACUCAUCCAUUAGGUUCAUUUGAUACAUCAAAUAAUGAUUUGUCUUCAACAACAACAACAACAAUUGAUGAAGGAUAUGAUGGUUCAUCAAUAACAAGUACAUCUACAAUAAUUCAUGGUGCUUGUUUAACAUUAAGUGAUCAUGAUAGAAUUCAUGUAUUUAUGAAUGAAUUUGUUACAAAAGGUCUUCUUCUAUGGGUUGAAACAAAUUUAAAAACAUUUAAUGAACAAAUAACAUCACGUCGUGGACUAACAAAAUUAUUUGCAAUGCCAAAAAAAUUCUUUGGUGGUAAUACAUCAACUAUUAAAAAUCAACCAAUAAUUUCUUCAACAAAUUUAACGAAUGAUUCAAUGGAAAUAGUUCUUCGUCGUACUGCUGAUUUAGCAUUUCUUUUUCAACAUUAUGAAUUAGCUUAUACAAAUUAUUAUGCUGCUAAACGUGAUUUAUCACGUGAUCAAGCACCAACUUUUUAUGCUGGUGUAUUAGAAAUGUGUUGUCUAGCAAAUUUUAUGCAAGAUUCAUCAGCAAGUAAAGCUUAUCCAAUACAAUAUAUGGAUGAAGCUAUAGAAAUUUAUGCAGUUGUAUCCAGAUUACCAAUAUUUGCAACACGUUGUGUUCUUAUGUCAACAGAAAUAUUAAAAUCUAAAGAAGCAUAUGAUCAAGCUGUACAACAAUUUCUUAAACUUUCUCAAGAAGAUUCUGAUUUACGUGGUGCACUUUUUCUUGAACAAGCUUCACAUUGUUUUCUUAAUUAUCGACCACCAUUUAUAAGAAAAUAUGCAUUUUAUAUGGUCAUUGCUGGACAUCGUUAUUUAAAAGCUGGACAGCGUUUACAUGCACUUCGUUGUUAUAAUGAUGUUCUUAAAAUUUAUGGAAAACCAAAUUGGUCAUUAGCACUUGAUCAUAUCAAUUUUACAUUAGGAAAACAAAGUGCUUUAUUACAUCAAACAAAUGAUGCAAUGAAAAGUUUUAAUGCACUUUUUGCACCAAAUAAUAAUAUACAAAAUGCUCAACAACAAAUUAUUUUUUUUAAAGAAUAUUUAACUAUAUUCAAUCAAUUAACAAGUUCUAAUACAGUUUUACCAGAAUUACCAGUACCAUUAAUAGAUAAUACAACAAUUAAAAUUCUUCUUGCUGGUCAUCAACAACCACGAAUGGGUGGUUAUGUAUCAAAUUGUAAUGAUUUUGAUUUUGAUGAAACACGAGAUAUAUGGUCAGAACUUGAACGAACAAUAACUGCUUAUGAUCGUCGUUGUAGUGGUACUCGUACACAAAUAAAUUUAUUUACAAAUCGUACACAUAAUCAACAACAUCCAAUAGCUGUUGCUAAUGAAACUAUACGUAUUGAAUUUUAUGCAAGAAAUACACUUCAAGUUCCAUUAUUAUUAAGUGAAGUACAAAUAUUAUGGAAAUUUUCAUUAACUGGUUGGAAAAGAAAAACUAGUAUAUCAACAGAUACUGCUGAAGAAUGGAAGGAAUGUACGAAUGAUACAUUGACACCACAAACAGAUCAACUUGUUGACUGUGAUAUUCUUAGUGAUUGUAUUAUUUUUCCAAAUGAUACUUCUAAAAUAGAAUUAUCAUUACGACCACGUCGUGCUGGUAAUUUAACAAUAUUAGGUAUAUAUUAUCGACUUAAUAUACUUGUACAAAAUAUAAGUGAUCAAACAACAUGGCCAUAUGGAAUAAUGGGUAAAACAUUAUUUCAUGUUAAAGGUAUUCGACUUAAUUCUAAUCGUCGAGAACGUCUUAAUGUUAUCUAUGGUGUUGAUAAACGAUUAGAAAUACAAGUUGUACCAGAAGCACCACUUCUUCAUAUUGAAUUUUCUCCUAUGCCUGAUGCAAUGUUUUGUGGUGAAAUUCAAUCUUGUUUAAUUCAUUUAAUAAAUACAAGUUUAUUACAUUCAAUAACUCGUAUUCGUUUAGUAACAAGUCAACCAAAAUUAAUAACAAUAUCAUCAAUUGAUGAAGAUUCUUUAUUAAUAUAUACAGAUGAAUGUAAAUCUAUAUGGAAUCAUCCAUUAAAUCAACAAUCAUCUGUAUUAACACUUGUUAGUCAUCAUCAUCCAUUAUUAGCUAAUUCAACACGAACUAUACGUUUAUGGUUUCAUGCAUCACAACUUGCUGGUGAAAUGAAUAUUGAUUUUUUAUUUCUUUAUGAAUCGGAUGUUUUUCAACAACCAUUAAGACAUCGAACAGUAAAACAUUCAUCAUUAUGUAUAAUUACUCAUUCGAUUAGUUUUCAAACUCAAACACAAUCAAUAGGACUUGGUGAACUUAUUUUACCAGUUCAAAUAGAUAAUAUAAUGGCUACACAAAAUACAUUAAGUGUUAAUGUUCAACAACUUUCAUGUAUUAGUAAACAAUGGGAUAUAAAAAAUCUUUCUUCUAUAUCGCAAAAUUCAAUUCGUUAUGGUGAAAAUUUAUCACUUGUAUUUAAAUGUAAACAUCCAGAAAAUCAUGAUGAAUCUUUACAAAUAAAACAUAUUUAUUUAGAAAAUGAUGAAACAAUCAAUGAUAAAUAUAUUGAUAUAAGUAAAAGUCCAAUUGCAGAUUUUUUUCGUCAUUUUAUUUCAAAUAUUGUUCAUCCAACAUAUCCAAUACAUCGUCAUAGAACUUCAAUAUCUAUAACAUUACCUUCUAUAUCACUUAUACUUCUUUGGCAAAUAGCAAUAUCAAAUCAAUUAGGUCAAUUAGAAAUUCGUCAUGGUUUACAUAUGAUUUCUCCAUCUAUUGAACCUCCUCAUAAACAACAAGAAAUAAAUGAUAUAGUACAAUAUGAAUUAAUUUAUCCUUCAAUUGUUGAACAUAAAUUUACAAAAAUUUUAAUUUUACCUAUUGAAUUAAAAUUAUGUAAUCGUACGAAUGAAAAUUUACAAUUACAAUUACAAUUAAUAAGAGCAUCAUUAGAUAAUGAUCCACUUUUAUCAUCAUGUUGUUUAUGGUCUGGUAUGACUGAACAAUUUAUUAAUUUAUCAGCAUAUGAGCAUUUAUCAUUAAAUUUACGUGCAUGUUUUUUUAAACCAGGAUUUUAUUCAUUGAAAAAUAUAUCAUUAACAAUAAUUGAUAAAAUUAAUUCUACAACUAUACCGAUCAAAUCAAAUAUACAUAAUUAUUUUGUUGAUAUUCGAACAUUAUUAUAA